AUGAGAACAAAGAGACCAAUGGCGAUACACUGUACAACGAUGUUUGAAACUUUCCCACCCCCAGAAUCCCUGUUAGAAUCGCUGAAAACCCACUUCCCACAAGAUUCUUUGGCUUCAUGGGGCACAAAACCUGGCACCAAGAACGUGCACAACCUUUGGUUAGAGCUUAGCCGAGGUGAGUCCAUGUUAUCAGAUACAAUCCCGGCAGACAGGAAACUCCAUUGUGCUGUGGUCCGGAUCCUCAACCACAAGACUAAUAAAAUCCUCCUUGAAUCCGACCAAGAACUCUCCGAUGGCUCGAUUCGGUCCCGGUCACGUCCACUCUCAGAAAAGAUGAAAGCUAAUGAAGACGUUGAAGGUGCCGCUUUGCGUGCUAUAAAAGAAGAGCUGGGGCCUAGUUGGGUGGCUUCUUUUGUGCCUGGUGCGUAUAAGAUGAAGAAAUCGAAGAGGGAGUCAGAUUCCUAUCCCGGGUUGGACACGACGUAUGUGGUGCACACCGUGCAUGCUACGGUGGAAGGGUUGCCGGACGAGGAUUUUACGACGGAAGAGGAGGAGUAUGGGGAUUGUUUAGGGUUAAAGAAGGUUGCAGACAAGGCUGUGCAUGUGAAAAGGCAUUUUUGGCAGUGGGCUGAUUAUUAUGUUGAAGAGGAAUGA